CUUCGACAGCCACCGUAGCAACGGCCGGGUACCGGACCUGAAAGUAAUGUUGCUUAGUGAAGCGAGUGGCGCGGUGCGAAAAGAGGUCUGUUUUAUGCUGCAGGGACGGAUGAGGUGUCGUCGAAGAUGUAAACUACGUUCGGAGGCGACUUUUCCUGGACUAUUUUAUAAAGUUUUUCAAUGAUGAUGAUUCAAAGUGAACAGUUUAACAGAAAGAGGUCAAAGAAACAAAUGGACUGAAUUUAUGCCAUUUUCCAACUUCAAAAGUUAAAUUGCUUUCUGUUUGACACCAUGGGGAGUGGUGUGACUCCAACUCUUUUAUGGCUUCAGGAAACUGCAAGCCUUUCUCUUAUAAGGGUACGCCGCACCCUCCUACAGGCUGCCAUCUUGGUAUGUGUGCUGGUCCUACUUCUGUGGGUGUCAGUCUUUCUGUAUGGAAGCUUCUACUACUCUUAUAUGCCCACUGUGAGCUACACUACACCUGUCCAUUAUGCCUACAGGACAGAUUGUGAAAUUCCUCGGUCAGAGUUGUGUUCCUUUCCUUUUGCUAACAUCUCUUUGAUAAAGAAUGGAGGAAACAAGGUAAUGAUUUAUGGUCAGCCCUAUCGAAUCUCACUUGAGCUAGAAAUGCCAGAGUCCCCAGUGAACCAGGAUCUGGGUAUGUUCAUGGUGAAGAUAUCCUGCUACACUAAUGGAGGUCAGGUCAUCUUAUCAACUUCACGAUCGGCAAUGCUUCACUACAAGUCCAACCUUCUACAGACUCUGGAUACUCUGGUCUUCUCACCCUUUUUCCUCUCAGGAAUGUCUGAACAGAAGCAAAUUGUGGAGGUGGAACUAUUUGGAGAUUACAGGGAGAAUUCGUAUGUGCCUACUACUGGAGUGUUACUAGAGAUCCAGACCCGACGUAUCCAGAUCUAUUCGGCUCAGCUGAGGAUUCAUGCCCAUUUCACUGGAGUGCGGUACCUGCUGUACAAUUUCCCAGUCACCUCUGCUGUUAUUGGUGUGGCCAGUAACUUUAUCUUCCUUACUGUCAUCGUCUUAUUCAGCUACCUUCAGUUCAUGUGGGGAGGAAUCUGGCCCCUGGAGCAGCGCAGGGCACAGAUGAGUGCUGCUGAGAGGUUGCAACAGCAGCAGAGAAGAGGAGAUGACAGACAUAGGACACAGCCAUCAAGAAACCGCACUCAUGUCUGUGAAAUUGGCACAAGUGAAGCUGCCUCUGAACUUGCUGAAGGGUGUCUUGAGCCAUCUUUCCAGGAACAAGUUAAUGAAGCAGAAAAAACUGAUGCUGAAAAUGAAGAUGUACCUGAAACUAUUAGUUCCCUUAUGGGAUCACAUAACAUGAAUGAUCAUGAAAAUGACAGUUCAGCUAUAGAAUCUUCCUCUGAAGAACCCCCUGUUAUGCUGGAUUCAAGCCUCUUGGAAGAAGAGAAUGAGGAGUCUCCAACAUAUACUACAGAUACAGUGCAAAUCCCAGCACCAGAGUCUUCUCUUUUAAGGCAUCGGCAUGGACCCUGCAUGAGCUCAUAAGUUUGGUGCCAUAUGGAGCCAUAAAUAACACUAUUUGGUCUGGCCUACACACUUUUUUCCAUUCUCCUUUAUGUAUUGUGCUACUUGAAGCAAUUUGUUGACACUGUGCAGUACCUAACUGCAACCGUAUCUGGAAAAGAAGAAUGUGGGGCCCAGUUGAAGCCACUGAGAGACAUUAUACUUCCACUGUUAAGUAUGUAGAGAUUGGUUCCUUGAGUUUUCAUUACUGGUUAGGUAACAUUAUCUUAGGGAAAUCUCAUUUUGGCAAAGCUGAAAGUUUUGCAUGAAAGAGUGUAUGCACGUAAGGAGAGAUAAGAAGUAGAAAUUGAAAUGACCUGUAGAUGGCAGUGCUGUGAAGAAAAUGGUUUUCAUGUGUGCUGCCUUUAGUGAAGUGGUGGCUAGUUUAGAGCGAGAGCUUCGUUUUGUGCCUUUCUUUGCUGGACUGAGCACAACUGGACCCGAACUGUAAAUACGAUAAACAGUAUAUGGACAACUUAAGUACAGUGUAAGCACUGAAUGUAGUUUCCUUACUGAAUACGAAACACUUGAAAACACCUUUGGGCUGAAAUUUGUCUUAAAGAAAGCCAAGGACCACAACAGAUUGUGCUAAGGAGCAUUUUGUGUAUUCUGACUAUUUGAGUGGUGUGGUCAGUCAAAAUUGUGGAAAAGUGCAUUUGAUUUGACACAGACUUAGUAAAGUUGAAUUGUGCCAUUUAGACCAAUAGAACUGUUUUUUAUUUAAAAUCUUUCUUUGCCGAACACUUUAUUUUUUUAUUUCCAUAUCCAGUAUUAACUGAUCACGAUGAGUAUCUAGUUUAACACUCCACCAGUCUAAGAUUCUUUAUAUACUCACAGCUAUCACCAGUCAUUAAAGUGGAGCAGAAGAGCAGUGCCUUGAUCCCAGAUUUCAUUUUGACUCUAAAUGGUGGAAAAAGCUAUUUUAAGUGACUUAUCUAUAUAUAUAUAUAUAUAUAUAUAUAUAUAUAUAUAUAUAUAUAUAUAUAUAUAUAUAUAUAUAUAUAUAUAUAUAUAAGUUGUUCAUAAUUCCUGUUUCAUAGUGUGAAAAAAAUAAAAGCUCACCAAAGUUUUGGAUAACUUUAUAACCCAUUAGGCUGCAAUCAUUCUUUUAAUGUUGUACAUGUAGAUAUUCUGUACCAGGGCCUCCAGUUAACAAAUAUCCCUUAUAGUUGCAUAUCCUAAAGGAGAAGACACUACUUGGUCUCUCCACUAAAAAUUAUUUUGUUUCUGGUCCUGUUAUUUCUUUUCAAGGAACAUCAUGUCAAUUUUAAGAGAUUAAAUAAUUACAAUAUUUUGUAGUGAAAAGUAUGGGUAAUUCCCAGAGGACUGGUGGCCUUUACAUGAAGCUGCCUUUGUAGAUUUCCAGUUAUAAACUUAACAGAAGAAUCAUUGCAGAUGCUGUUGUGGGAUUUGAUUGCUUACUAUUGACCAGGGCAAAGUUGUUAAGUUGUUUCUUUUGUGUAUUGCUUAUGUUUUUCUUUUUAAGAAAGUUUACAUGUGUAUGUGUUUGAAAAUAAAUUUUGAAUUAAUUAUCUGUGCUAAAAAAGUAAGGUAUCCCUUCGUAAAGAUCAUGGUUGACAUUUAUAUGUUCAUUUUAACCUCUCCACUUUAACUCUGUUGUAGACAUUGCACCUGAUUUUUAUUUUCUAGAAACAAAUGUGACAAACGUCAGACUUAGUAAGUAGAUACAGGGAUGAUGCAUCAACUGUCAGUGUCCUUUUGGGUUCUUCCUAAACCACAACUAAGUGUAUGGUUACUGCUGAAAUAGUACCUAAUGGUGAACAGUCAAAUAUGCAGCUCUUUGUGGUGGCAAAUAGUAUGUAAGAUGAUGCUAACCAUGAACUGAAUGUCUAUAAAAACAAUGCAAAAAGUGCACUACAAGUGAUCUUAAGCCUUUCUGUUUUGUAUUAAAAUAUAACUUGCAUUUAAAACCCUAAAAAUCAAUGUCGUCUUCUGAAUAGUUACACAGCCCACAUCUAAUUCAGCACUAACAAUGGCUGCUGCAGUCACUAAUCUUCAUUUCAUUUAAGAUGAAUGGCGUAGAUAAAUAAAAAAAAAAAAA